ACUGUGGAGGUUGCUGUGCUCCGGGGAGGAGGAAUGGUGCCAGGCAGAGGGACGGUAACCGGGACACGGGGAUGGGGACGAGGUCUGUGACAGCAGCUUCCAUACAAGGGCUGCCUGCGCUGAAGAGCGAGGCAAAUCUGAACUCCUUCUGGAUCUGGGGAAACUGAUGGGAAAGAAUUAAAACCCCCAACUUUAAUCUUCAUAAUCAAAGCAACUGUACAUUGUUUCAAAAGCAAAAGUCUUUGUGGAGCCAGAGAAUUGAAGGAAUCCUGUGACUCGAGCACUCACAACUUUCAGAAGAAAGACCUUCCAAUAAUUUUGCACCCGAGUAAUUGAAAGAAUGGCAGCUUUGGAGGUAGAUCCGUCCACAACAGCAUCACUUUGGUUGCUGGUUCCAGUUUUUAUUGGAUUGCUGUUUAGUGUUGUACUGGGGCUCACUACAGAGUUUCUAAAGAAUUGCUGCAAGGAAGCCAUGUCAAAAGGGAAAGGUGACACCAAACAAAAAAUUCCUUCUGAAAUUGCAAGUCCAUCUUCAAAACCAGAGACCAACUUGGGAUCUAAGAAGGUUGGAUUUACCGAGGAUGUUUUGCUCUCAAAGCUACCUCCCAAUGGCAAGGAGGUUCCCUUUGUGGUUCCAAAUCUGAAAACCACCUAUGUACAACCCAAUUUUCGCUGGAGCUAUGAGGAAGCCAUAUCAGGUCUCUCAAGGGCUCAGUAUAAUGAAAGAAAACUGGAGCUGUCCAAUUCACUGCAACAUGUGCCAGAUAUAGAUGAAGUGUACAACCCCAAUUAUAUGAUCCCUUCCAUCACUCCAGCACCCGGUAGACACGUCCUACCCAAGGGGAAACCGGGAAGCCCCAGUGGAUCAGUGUGGGAAUUGAGAAGUCCAAAACUGAGCAAUGCACAAGGUUUAAGCAGUUCCAUGUUGGACCUCUCUUGUUCCCAGCGAACACAGAGAUUCAGUUCGACAUCCAGUCUAAACAGCACUGCAUCCUCUUUGAUGGAUUCUUUGGGAAGCUCCCGCAGUCUAGAUGGAUUCCCUGAUGAAUUUGGAAAGCUCAAUUUGCAACUUAGUUACAGACCAGACGUGGAACAGAUCUGGAUCACUGUGGUACAGGUUAGGGAUUUGUAUCUGCACUGCAAGCCCACAGAUAAAGUUAAUGUGUAUCUUAAGGGAACAAUAACGAUACCAAAGCCAGUGCACUUUAAGUCUUCUGUGAAAGAUGGUGACACAUUUUUGGUGUUCAUGGAAACCUUUGUGUUUAAUAUCAAACUGCCCAUUCUUCAAACGCAUGGCCUGGUAAUCAAAGUUGUUACUCAGCUGCCUCGGAAGAGGGUCAUUGGUGAAUGCUCGAUGUCACUUAGAGAAUUGAGUAAUGUGGAGUCAGACCUCUGGCUGAAUAUUAAUCCACCAUCAAAGAUCCCGCCCUGCCACGCUCUUCUCCGGGUGGGAACUUGUUUCCAAGCUGUCAGCAAUCGGGUCCAGCUACAAGUCCUGGAGGUCCAGAAUCUGCCAAGUUCCUCGAUUCCUUUGGCACUAACUUUCUACGUGAAGAUAAUAAUGGAGACGAAGGAUGGGCUGUUUGACAAAAAGAAGACUCGCCCUCUGAAAGCUGUGAGUGGCCAAGUGAAGUGGGGAGAAACAUUUCUAUUUCCCGUCGUUCAAAAUGAGCUCCAUCUCCAGAGAGUCAGUUUCACCCUGAAACUCUACAGCAAGAGUUCUGUCAGAAGAAAACACCACUUGGGCCAGAUGGUGAUCGGUUGGGACAGCACUGGAGUGGCUUUGGAACAGUGGCAGGAUACAAGUGCCAACCCAGAGAAAGUUGUUAUCAAGUGGCACAGUCUGAGCCUCACCUGAAGCCGCCACACCGAGUUGAACUGUACCUUUCCUGGUUAGACUGGAACUGAAAUAUUAUUGAAUUGGGUCUUUUAUAAGUAGGUUCACAGGAAACAUUAAUAUGAUAACGUUGCAUUCUUAAUUUGUAAAACCUGAGACUUGUUCAAGCAUGGAAUACAAAAAACUUUGGAGCAUAUAACAGAUCGUGUUUGAAGUUGCCCAGGGAUUUGGGAUAGUCACUUCCUAAGCCUUUGGAACUAUUUUAACUGGCUUGUAAUCUGCUCCAAUGAUAGUACACAAAGUCAUAAUACUUGCCAUUGUCUCUUUUGUUUCAAGGUCAUCAUCUAGUUAAAGCUUUCUUCAUUUAUUAUGCCAAUUGAUUAACAACGGAUAUCAAUAAUGUUCUAAUUAAUUUCAGUGUAUUUAAGAGGGGACUAUUGCAGUUUGUAUGUUAGUGUGUAUUUAUUAUAAGUAAUGGCUUUGAAAAUGCAUCUUUUAUGUGAGUUGAAGGCCCUGAGUUUGAGUUUUCACUUUUCAGCACAACUUGGGCAUUUAUUGCAUGACCCCAGAAUUUUAGAGAUCAAAGACUCGAAAUUUAUUAACGAAGGGUAAAAGGAUCUCCAUGUUAAGAAUGAGGAAGAUGUUUUUCACCAAUAAAAUGUCACCCGUUCAUUGAGGUAUUAGCACAUUCACUCCUAAUAGAAAAUGAAGUAUUGACAACAGCAUACACUCCAAAUUGUUAUAACCAUUGUCCUGUAAGUAAAUUGAAGUAGGAAUUGCUUUUAAACUUGAUGGUAGUUUCGUAGUGAUAUAAGUGUAUUUGUCUGAAGCUUUUUUCCCAUUAUGUAUCCCCUUUAGGUUUGAUACCAGCUAUCGAAAAUGAUAUUUCUGAAUUUGUUAUUUAUACGUCUGUAUGUUUUAAUUUCGGGCUGCUACACAGACAACAUUACUGGACUUCCGUAGCUUUUGGACAAGAUAACUUAACUUAAUGUGCAUAUGCUUACACUUCACAUGUUUCUACACCAGACCAUCUUUCAUGUAUACAGUGCAACUCUGGCAGAUGGAAUCCAGUAAUAAGUGCAGACAGUAUUGAUACACUAAGAAAGGGAAGGCUUAGUUGUUGCAACUAGCUUGGCUUGAAUGUGUGCUGCUUCAUACUGGUACACAUCCACUACAAGAAGCUAAAUCUAUUUUACUUGCUAAUGUCAUUUUUUCACACAAUAUUUCAAUUUCUUUUUUUUCUCUGUCUCUAUUGAUCUGAAUUGACAAUACAGGACAUUCUGUUUACACAUAUUUGCUUUCAUAUCUUUGACUCUGGGUUACAUGUCCUGAAUUUACAAAGUCAUUUUUCACUAUAAACAAUUAGCAUUACCAACAGACUCUCACUAUCUUCCUCCCUGCUUUUUGAUUUAUGAAACUUCACUCACUGAAAUAUGUUCCAGGAAUAUGUAAAACAAGAAAUGCCUGCAAGUCAAUUUACAGUAAAUCGGAUGGUAUUCCUCAGUUGUGAUUAGCUUGAAAAGCAAUAAAAAGUCCUUCCCAUCUCUAGUAGAAGAGGAGGAACUUCAAUAUUAAGAUUUUUGCAUUUUUAAUCACUGCUUUGUGUUAGAAAGUAGAUAUGUUUACAUUAGUUCUUUCGUAACUGAAUAAUACGAACAUAGAUGUAGGCCCCUUAUGUCUUUCAAUAUCAUGGCUGAUGUUUUACCUCAGUGCCACUAUCCUGCACUAACCUCAUAUUCCUUGAUGUCUAAUAAUACUUAAUAAAUCGCUGGACAAUUUCUGCUUUGUUGGCUCAACUCUUAACCAGCUCACUUGGCCUUCAUAAGCAAGCCAAUGUGAAAAUCAACAAAGCUUUUGUCAUGUUUGAUAAAUUUACCUUGUGUCCAAAUGAAUGCCUAUCUUGAACACAAGAAUAUUUGUCUAUCGGGUGUGUGACCUUCGUAUUUUACAGCUGUGAAAACUGGGUCAUAUACUCUGUAAGUAGAGGCAUUUCAGAAAAGUCCUUAGAACCAACAACUGGCUGGGGCAUGUGGGGCUGAAAAGUGUGCUGUGUCCCCAAAAAUAAAAGGACUGUCUGCAGUGCGGAGGAAGGCUAAGGCUGCAAUCUGACAGCAAGGUCUAAGUAAAUUCAGCAUUCCCAUAGCAACUGGUGAAAUUCUACCCAGAACCCUCCCUCUCCCACCUCUGUGCAAGUUGGGCCUAGGCUAGUGCAGUUGCUAUGGAGAGCUAUCAGAGCCCAGAAUGGGGCCUGCAAAUGAGCCAGGGGUGCAUUCUAAAUUCUGAGAUGAGUAAGGGAGCAGAGGCCACUGUGGGAAGAUGUGUUACUCAUGUGCCAGGUUAGUCUCCCUCAAAGUUGACUUUCUCCUUACCCUGUUGAGAUGUUCAUUAGCCUUAUCUCAUGACCUAAGGAUUUGUUUUCCAAUCAUUGAAGUACUUUGAAAUUCAGCCACUAAUUAAAGUAGGAAAAUGACCACGUUAGUAUGGAGUAUGAUGGGUGGGUUUAUAACAUAACUGACACAGAUUAACAGGUUGCAUUUGACCUAUGAUAUUGUUCCUUACACAGUUUACUGUGCAGGCUGCUCUGCUUAAAAAAAUGACUAACUGAGUAAAACAUUUAUGAAGAUAACACUCCACAAUUACCUAAUCUAAUCUUCCAAACCUCCAGGAUAUUGAUUUCUUAUUGCACAUCAGUCACACUCGUCAGCGCCAGAUUUGCUGCAUAAUCCCAGUAGCCCAUACAUUAUUCCUCAAAGGAUUUUUAUCUUCAUGUUUUUUUUUCUUGUAGCCUUAAAUCAUGUUCUCUGUUUUAACCAAUCAAUAAUUCUAUAGAUCUGUCAUUUCAUAUCUGCUAACACUGUAUUCAUCCUCCUAGUUACACAAGCACACACAAUACUUAAAUAAUUAACCCACUGUGCACUUCAUCUCAUAGGGCACCUGUAAGAGAAAUCCCACUUAAUUUUCCAUGGCAACUUUCUUCAACUCUCCCUGACUUUUGGCACGUUUUUUUUCUAAAAAGCUGAUUGCACCUAUGUUCAUGGAGGGUAAAGCAAUGCUUUACAUCAAUGGGAAGGUUUCAGUGAAUGAUCUUCAUUUCCCUUCCUCAUCCAGCUUUCCAAAUAGACAAAAAAAUAAUCCAGAAUGGGCUCUUUUUUUUUACUUGUGUGCAGUUUUUCUGUUGCUGAUCCUGUAUAUAUUUUCCCCACUAAAUUUCACUGUACUUAUUCAGCUCCUCUUGAAUCUCAUUCGUAUCCCUUCAGUUGUGCAGCUUGGUUCUUGGAAAUGCACCUCCUUUUGGGUCAUUUAAUGGCAACAUCAAUAGUUGACAUAUUCUCACUACAAUUGUGCCUUUAGAACAUAGAACGGUACAGCACAGGAAUAGGCCCUUUGGCCCACCAUGUCUGCACUGAGCGUGAUGCCAUUUUAAACUAAUCCCAUCUUCCUGCAUAUGGUCAAUAUCCCGCCAUUCCCUGCCUGUUCAUGUGUCUAAAUACCUCAUAAACGUUGCUAUUGUAGCUGCUUCUACACCUCUUCUGGCAGCUUGUUCCAGGCACCUACCACUCUCUGUGUAAAAACAAAACUUGCCUUGUACAUCUCCUUUAAACUUUCCCCCUCUCACAAUAAAGCUAUGCCCUCUAGUAUUUGACAUUUCCACCCCAGGAAAAAAAAACCUGUCUAUUCUAUCUAUGCCUCUCAUAGUUUUAUAAACCUCUAUCAAGUCACCCCUCAGCCUCCAACACUCCAGAGAAAACAAUCCAAGUUUAUCCAACCUCUCCUUAUAGCUAAUACUCUCUAAUCCUCUUCUGCACCCUCUCCAAAGCCUCCACCUCCUUCCUGUAAUGGGACAACCAGAACUGUACACAAUGCUCUAAAUGUGGCCUAACCAAAGUUAUAUACAGCUGCAACAUGACUUACUGACUUUUAUACUCAAUGCCCUGACCAAUUAAAGGCAAGUCUGCCAUAUGCCAUAUGCCUUCUUUACCACCCUAUCUACUUGUGUUGCCACUUUCAGGGAGCCAUAGACUUGCACUCCAAGAUCCCUCUGUACAUCAGUGCUCUAAAGGGUCCUGCCAUUCUCUGAGAGCUAUGGAUGAAAUCUCCACCCUUUAUGAAGAUCUGUCCUCCUCCCUCCAAACAGCAAAUAGUAAGACCAUCUAUCAAACAAUCUGGAUUAAGAAAAUGCUCCAUUGCAUAAUAUUUGAUUGAGUAAUGACUUGGAUGUGCCAGUUAAAUUUGUUCAACACCAUUGUGUUUCUAUAGCCCCUGGCAUUGGUGGUUGGAAUUAUCUCAGUUCCCUGUUUGUUUCCAUUUGCUGCCUAGGAACCAUGUCUGCACUAUCAGAUCUUUCUGUCUGGCAAGGUCAACAUUUUAUUUGACAAUCUAAUUAACUUUUUACACACUGCCUCUGUGAUUUUUUUUUUUCACUACAGAUAUAGAGGUUCCUUGACCUGGGAUUAGAGGGGGCCUCAUUUUAGGAUGGAGGCACACAGGGUCUACAAUUGGGUGAAUUCUGGCCCCACUCAGGAGAUCGGAUCAAUUAUGAUUGGCAAUUGCAAGGAUUACAACUGAGGAACUCUUGAUCCAGAUUAGGUGAACUAUUUCAUCAGGGCACCUUACACACCCUUGUCAGAACCUUAAUAUUCUUGCGCAAAUUCAAGUUACAGAGUUUCCACCACAUUAAUGAUCACAAAGCAGCAAGAGCCUUGAGAUGAUUGCAGUACCCACCCCAUUAACUACAUCACGCUCCCCACCACCACUAUUCCAGUGUUAAAGUGAUUGCAGUUUUAGUCCAGUACUUAGCCUGUUAAAACCAGUGAUAAGUGAUAAAAAACCUUUGACAACAAGUGAUUUGAAUUUCAGAGAAUGCCCUUACCUCUUGCCUGGAAAUCCAAUCACAUAAUACUGUUUUUUCAGUGUUGUGCAAUUCAAAAACAAUUUCAUUGAUUCCAAAAUGAAUCAUAUUAACAAUUCUUACCAGGUAAUUUUAUCAUCACUUAGAAGAUUCAACUGAGUACUGUAUUCCUGUUAUACUUGUGAACCUGAUGUGAUUUCCACGGCGCUGGCAGAUGUAAAUCACACCAUUUCGUUUCAACUUCUUUGGUGCAAUUUCUCAGGAAGUAAUCACUGGCACAUUUGAACCACCCCCCUCCUUUAGAAUGACACCCAGACCCCCAAUCUCAAGGUGUCUUCCACCAUCCCCAACCCAAUGAUUCUGCCCCCUCCACCAACUUUGUUGGCUUCCCUCCCCCCACUAAACACGCCCACAAUCUCCAUUCUCUCACCCCAGCAGGUGAUCACCCAACCUCCAAUCUCCUGGUCAUUCACAACAAUCUUUUAGUUUCAGAUUUCAACAGGAGUGUGUAAAUGUGCUUGUGGGUUGUGGGAACCCAUACUAGUGGAGUGGCAGUACAAUUACAGUUGGUGCUUAUGGCUUCGAAGGUUCAAGGCACCAUAACAUCCGAUUUCAGUUGAAUUUUAUCUUUGUCAUCAUUCAUUGAAUCUGGUGAGUUCUAAACUUUACCUUCUAGCACCAUAAGUUUCUUGGAAAAAUUAUCUAUAUGUAGAUCUCAGCUUGUGUAAAUUUCAGUGUUUAAUUACUUAAUGAAAAAUAAAUUUCUAAUUGCAUUCAUUCAAACUCUGAGUUUGUGAUGGAAAUCUAUAGGAAGUGAUACACAGCCUUGGUGAAAACACGUCUGGAAGUUGACCACUGAUUUUCAGACUAUACCCUCCUCACUAUGCUUCAGAAAUGGACAAGACAAAAUGUGAAGGCCAGGAUUUGGAGCAAUUAGCUUUUGUUAAUAAAAGCACACAUUCGAUGCUGAAAAUCUUGAUCCACAUUCACACCAGAUCUAAACAAUGUAUUUUCUGUAAACUCAUUAUUAAAUGUCCUCUUUCUUUAAAUUUAUUGCACAAAUUGGAUUAAAAAGAACCGUAUUGGUGCUAUUUGCU